AUGGCCGGAAGCCGCACUCAGUCUCACGCGCCGGCCAUCCCGUUGACUCCGGUCGGACACCCAAUUUCGCCAACGCACCGUCAAAUCGACGAGCCCACACCAGGCACUGAGCAAGACAGCCCCAAACUGCGAAAUAGCCUACGCAGUUCUGCAAAGCUUCUGGAAUCCGAUGCCAGUGUCAAGAACUCUGAUGAGUCCAACAUCAAGACUGGCCUGUCCAAGUCUCAGACCAACGUCUUCUACGCAUCCAAGCCAGCAUGGAGCUCGGCACUUCUGGCAUGGCUGGCCGAAAUCAUCUGGUGUUUCGUCAGUAUAGGCUCGAUUGUUGCCUUGGUCGUUGUCUUGAACGUGUUCGACGACGAGCAGCUACCCCAAUGGCCGCUGGGAUUGACGCUGAACACACUUGUCGCUUUUCUCGCUACCCUCGCUCGAGCCGCAUUCGUAAUUCCGGUUUCUGAGAGUCUCUCGCAGUUGAAGUGGGUUUGGUUCCGCCAUCCACGGAUGUUGAAGGACUUUCAAGACUUUGAUGCGGCAAGCCGAGGGGUCUGGGGCAGUUUGCUGCUGUUGAAGACGACGAGGGGAUGGUCUCCGAGUUUGAUAUCAGCCCUUGUGCUGGUUUCCGCAAUUCUCACGUCAACGCUCACCCAGUCUGCUGUGACCUAUCCUGUCCGGAUGGCACCCAUCAACGGCCCCGCGCAAGCCACAGUAUCGCGGUCGACGUAUUACUUUUACAAUAGCGCAGGAACUAAUAACAACCUCAUAUAUCGCCAGUCUGUAGACCAGCACCUUUUCGAAGGUCUCAGCUACGACUACGCCAAGAUGUAUCCUUUGAGCCAAGCUCGCUGUCCAACCAGUGAUUGCGAGUGGCAGACAUACAGCUCGUUGAGUGUGUGCACCAGAUACUGGAAUGUAACGGACUCUUUGAACAUUACCUCCCAGAGAGUGAAUACCGCCGCACCCAUACCAGUCUUCGCGUCACUGAAAAAUGGCCCUCGUGCAAAUCUGACCCAGCCGCAUUUUGGCGUCGUCAGCUUGACGGGCGUGGAAAACACAAUCUCUGCGCUAUCGGAACCUUCUUACAACCCAGAGUUGUCCAUCUAUAACAUGACAUUCAUCUAUUCCUUGAGAAAGGGCACAACUGACAUCGACAUGCUGGGUGCAACGGAAGUCGAAAUGUACUUCUGCGUCAAGACUUUUAACCUGUCAGUCACGGGGAAUAUCGAAGAGCGGAAACUCAUCCAAACCACGACAGAUUUUGAGACAGGCAAUUACACCUUGCCCGACGGCCGGGGGCCAUUCCCACUCUCUGCCCUCCGAGAUCCACUGGACCGAGAGACAAAAUUUCCCUUGGGGCCAACGGGCGUGAUUACCCAGAGCCUCGUAAGCGCUCUCAACGGAACAUACAUCGACCUGGCGUCAGAAGCCAGUACUUUAGGGCUCGCCCCAGCUCGGUAUUUAACCGCUUUGCAGUCCCAGAUACAACCGAACGUAUCGAAUGCGAUGCACGUGGAGAGGGCAAUCAGGAAUGUCACCGACAACAUAGCGACGUCAAUGUCGAACAAGAUUGCCCAAGAUUUGACAAAUGUGACUGGUCAAGUCCUCGCCGCUGAGACGUUCGUACAGGUACGAUGGCCGUGGAUCGCGUUCAUCUCCGCACAAAUCGGGCUUUCCGCGGCCGUUCUCGUUUUCACAAUUGUUCAAACGCAACUGUCUGGCGUCGGGGUCGUGAAAAGCUCGACUCUGCCCACUCUGGUUGCCAUUGACACGGAAAGCAAGGGUACCCUCGAGAGCGAGCUGGUCAGUCGCAACAGUCUUGGAGAGGUCGAAGAUGCUAAGAUAAAGUCUGAACUUGCGUGGAGGCUUGGUCUGACGGAAAGAGGGUGGCGGCUGAAGACGUGA